GGAGAAAUGAUGACGAUGCCUAUGCCAAGGAUUGACAGUGUGAAAGUAGCAGUACGAGUGCGUCCUUUUAGUCAGAGAGAGAAAACUUCUGGGAGCAAAUGUGUGAUUUCUAUGCACUCCAGAAACUCCACCACUAUCCAAGACCCAAGGAAUCCAAGACACCUGAAGACAUUUACAUUUGACCUAGCAUACUGGUCUCACAAUGGAUUUCAAAAGGAUAAAGAUGGUGUGUUUAUUUCAGCUGAUCCUAGCAGUGAAUUUGCCAGCCAGAGAGAUGUUUUCCACGACCUGGGCAGAGGCAUUCUGGAGAGUGCCUGGCAAGGCUACAACGCUACUCUGCUGGCCUAUGGCCAAACGGGCUCUGGGAAAAGCUAUUCCAUGAUCGGGUUUGGUGCAAACAAAGGGAUCAUUCCAAAUGUGUGUGAAGAGCUCUUUCAAGCAAUCGAGAGUCAGGAGAGAAACCAAGAAUACCAGGUUACAUUCAGCAUGCUGGAAAUCUACAAUGAACAGGUAAGAGAUUUGCUGUCUAAAACCAAGAAACCUGGGGGACUCAAAGUAAGGGAAGAUCAACAGCUGGGUUUCUAUGUGGAUGGCCUGAAGUCAGUGCCCUGUGAGAACUAUGCACAGAUUGAAAGGCUGAUGGAACAAGGAACAAAAAUAAGGACCACAGCCUCCACCAACAUGAAUGCCAGCAGCAGCCGGUCUCACAUGGUCAUCACCAUUCAGUUGAAGCAGGUUUUCCCGGACAGAGACCUCACCAAACAAUCCAGUAUCAACCUGGUGGACUUGGCAGGAAGUGAAAGGCAGAAAUCUUCAGGAUCUGAAGGAGACAGACUAAGGGAAGGAUCACGAGUUAAUUUAAGCUUAACCAAUUUAGGAAAUGUUAUCAGUGCGCUGGCUGAGGCAGCCAUGGGGAAGAAAGUCUUGCACAUCCCCUACCGCGAUUCUGUCCUCACCAAACUGCUCCAGUCGGCUCUUGGAGGCAACAGCAGGACUGCUUUGAUAGUAGCCAUCAGUCCUGCUGACAUCUGCUAUGAAGAAACUUUAUCAACACUAAGAUAUGCUGAGAGGGCCAAAAAGAUCCAGAACAAAGUCGUAGUCAACACUUCAACACUGAACGAGUCCAGGGUGGAGAACAGCAAACUGCUACUGGGAUAUGGAAACUCGGGAAUGACAGAACAGCUGGCCUGUCCCCAGGCAGAUGUGGCCUGGGCCCACCAGCUGGAGUGGGCCCGGAGAGAAUGGCAGCACCAGUACGUGGCCAUUGCCCAGGAGCAGCAGAUGAUAAAGACUUUCCCUCACCUCCUCAAUGUCAAUGAAGACCCACAGCUCACAGGGGUGCUCAAGUACUUCAUCCAGGCUGGCUCAUCCGAUGUUGGUCAGGCUGCUUUCAAUGCCAUCAUACUUCAAGGUUUAGGCAUUUCAGAUAAACAUGCCUCCUUCACAAACGCAGAGGGCAAAGUGACAGUCAUACCACAUGGCAGAUGCAAGGUUGUCGUGAACGGGGUCCCUGUCACCACCAAGACAAAACUGCGGCAUUUGGACCGAAUCAUUUUGGGGUCCAACAGUGCGUACCUCUACAUCGGGUUUCCUCUGGAGCGAGGCAGUGAAGACGUGAGCAAGUUUGACUACGACUUCUUCCAGCAGGAGCGGGCAGCCGCAGAGGGUGUGAGUGUGGACAAGCUUGGUGCUGGGAACAAAGGAGAUGGGACUGCAGACCCCAGUGUUCUGGCUGUGUUCCAGGACUAUGUCAAACUGAUGCCAUUGGUUGCAGAAGCCAAUCAAAUGAGUGAAGAACUGGAGAAGAGACUUAAAAUGGAAUUGAAAGUGAAGAACUUAGCAUCAUCAGAUUCCAGGGGCUAUGACCUACAGAAAGAGAUCAUGGUGAAGGUGACUAACCAAAGGACUCACAAGGUGUGGAUGUGUUCCAAAGCCAAGUUCAUUAACAGGAAGUUCCUAAUGGAGGAACUCUACCAGCGCUUUCUAGAUGGAGAAGACAGCCAUGUAGCUCAGGAGGAGGACCCUUUCUGGGACCCUGUGGAGGUCAUCCACUUGGGCUCCGCUCACAUCUGGCUCCAGUCACUUGCCUACUGCAUGAAGCUGGAGGAGCAGGUGGAGUUUCUCAACUGUGACGGGCAGGAUGAGGCCAUGUUACAUAUCCACAUAACACCCUGCUCCCCGACAGGACGAGCGUGUGGUGAGGAGGAUGUGGUUCUGGACCCUUUGGAGCUGCUGGGAAGGAGGAUGGAUUUCCAGAUCUGCAUCGUGCGGUGCCUUGGUGCCAAGUGGCUAAAGGAAGAUGCAGAGCGGGGCCUUCAGAUGGGGUACAGAAUUUAUGAUCUUCCAGCCACCUUAUAUACCAAGUCUGCAUGGAAAUGUGUGAAUCCCCAAAUUGAAGAGACUGUUCAAUUUACAGCAUUACAUGUGUCUCAGGAGUUUCUAAAUUACUUACAGACAAAUGCUCUCAUUGUUGACCUGUGGGGUCUUCAAGAAGGCUGUGCUGAACUGGGCUGCUGUCAGCCUGGCCUCACGGUCACAGGUGAAGACCACAUCCUGGUGGACACCAAAACAGUUUCCACUGAGGUGGAAACAGGCCAGAUUCCAUCAAACCAGAUACCAGACCUUUAUCAGAAGCUGCUCAGGUUGGAACAGGAGACAGAACUGCUUAGAAACAUAAACAGAGCCCUUCGAGAGGAGAACGGAUUUCUCAGAACAUCACUUAGGAAAACCAGCUCUAGUCAACAUGCACACAAGCCUUUGGACUCCCUGAAGACUUCGAGCAUGGCAGCACAAGUACCCAUAGCCAGAGAGAUGAAUCGGACGUACACUCAGCAAGGCAGCUGUGACAGGGAGUUGGCUAAAGCUCUUAAGGUGUUCUACCAAAGCAUGAACAUGGCAAGAGGGCAGUUUCUCAGACUGAGGCAUUAUAAACCACCUGAAGAUGAACAAAUGCUUCAGCCAUUUAUACAUCAACAAUCAAAAAUGUUAAAAGACUUUGGGGACCUACUAGAAUCCAGCUUGUGGAAAUUGAAAAAUGAUGUAGCUCUUAUAGUGAAAAAGAAAAAAGAAUGUUUCUCUUAUACUGACCAGUGAGGAUACACCAACCAAACAUAUUUGAGUUUUGAGUAGUGAUGAUUAUUUGUGCAGUUACGGAGCUUAAUUAACUUACUUAGCAGCUUGGUUGUGAACUCUAUAUUCAACCCAUAUUUACUAACUCUAACACUUUCUUUUCCAUUUUUUUUUUUAAAGAUUUUAUUUCUUUAUGAGAAAGAUAGGAGGAAAGAGAAAGAACCAGACAUCACUCUGGCACAUGUGCUGCUGGGGAUCGAACUCAGGACCUCAUGCUUGAGAGUCCAAAGCUUUAUCACUGUGCCACCUCCCGGACCACUUUCUCUUGCAUUUUUAAGCAAAACUUUCCUCCAACCUGACUUAAAUCAUGUAAAAAUCUAAAAAAGUAAAUAACCAAAGAUUGGUUUGCCAACAGCCCACAGCAAUUUGCACUAAGAAGAUCUGGAAAUUAAGGUCUAAGUGUUUUGCUCUGAUUUGGGAACCACUGGGUGAAGAUGCAUGUUUUGUCUGCAUUCUCUAAAUUCCUGCUGAUAUGAAUGUGUUGUGAAAUUCUAAAGCCCCUCACCCUUAGCCCCAAUAAAACAGGACCCCUGACACUCCCCCCCCC